AUGGGUUAUCAACAUACUGUUCCUGUUGGUGAAGCCAAAGCCGGAGAAACUGCUCCAAGAAGAAAAGCAACUCAAAAAGACGGAGCUGUAUCUCGUCCUUUAGAUUCUAAAGCCAAUACAAUUUAUGAAUUCUUUGAAGAAUGUGUUAAAAGAAAUGGUGAAAGAAAUGCCAUGGGUUGGAGAGAUUUAUUAGAAAUCCACAAAGAAGUUAAACAAGUUAAAAAAGUUGUCGACGGUAAGGAAACUUUAGUCGAUAAAGAAUGGUUAUUCUUUGAAAAUUCUACUUAUAAUUACAUCACUUAUCCAAAUUUACUCAAAUUAAUCAACAAUUAUGGUAAAGGUUUAGUUGAAUUAGGUGUUAAACCAAGUCAAGAACAUAAAGUCCAUAUUUUUGCUGCCACUUCUCAUAAAUGGAUGCAAACUUAUUUGGCCACUCAAACUCAAAAUAUUCCAAUUGUUACUGCUUAUGAUACUUUAGGUGAAAGCGGAUUAACUCAUUCAUUAGUUCAAACUGGUUCUAAUGCUAUUUUCACUGAUAACAAUUUAUUAGGUAAUUUGAUCAAUCCAUUGAAAAAAGCCAAUGAAGUUCAAUUCAUCAUUCAUGGUGAACCAAUUGAUGAAAAUGAUAAAAGAUUUGGUGGUAAAUUAUAUCAAGAUGCCAUUGAUGCUAAAAAGAAGAUUUUGGAAAUCAGACCUGAUAUUAAAUUUAUUUCAUAUGAUGAAGUUAUUGAAUUAGGUAAAACUUCAAAAGAACCAACUAAACCUUCAAAACCAGAAGAUUUAUCAUGUAUUAUGUAUACUUCAGGUUCAACUGGUGAUCCAAAAGGGGUUGUUUUAACUCAAGAAAAUGUUCUUUCAGGUUUAGGGGGUAUUUCCACUGUUGCUGGUAGAAAUUUAGUUAAAAAUAAUGAUCGUAUUGUUGCAUUCUUACCAUUAGCACAUAUUUUUGAAUUAGCUUUCGAAAUGAUUUCAUUCUGGUGGGGUGGAUGUAUUGGUUAUGCUAAUGUUAAAACUUUAACUGAUGCUUCAUGUAGAAAUUGUAAUAGUGAUUUAGUUGAAUUUAAACCAACUAUUAUGGUUGGGGUUGCUGCAGUUUGGGAAAGUGUUAGAAAAGGAGUUUUAGCUAAAGUUAAACAAUUACCUCCGUUAUCUCAAAAAAUCUUUUGGGCUGCAUUUAAAGCUAAAGUUACAUUCAAAGAUUAUAAUAUUCCAGGUGCAUCAGUAUUUGAUAUUAUUUUCAAGAAAGUUAAAGCAGCUACUGGUGGAUGUCUUAGAUUCUGUCUUAAUGGUGGAUCUCCAAUUUCUUUGGAUGCUCAAGUGUUUAUCAGUAAUUUAAUUUGUCCAAUGUUAAUUGGUUACGGUUUAACUGAAACUGUUGCCAAUACAACCAUUGUUGAUAUCGAUCAUUUCGAACAUGAUGUAGCUGGUUGUUUAUUAGGUUCAGUAACUGCCAAAUUAAUUGAUGUUCCAGAAGCUGGAUAUUUUGCUAAGAACAAUCAAGGGGAAUUAUUAUUAUCAGGUAAACCAGUUACUAAAGAAUAUUAUAAAAAUGAGAAAGAAACUUCCGAAGCAUUCACUCCUGAUGGAUGGUUUAAAACUGGUGAUAUUUGUGAAUGGACCUCUACAGGUUAUUUAAAAGUUAUUGACCGUAGAAAGAAUUUAGUUAAAACUUUAAACGGUGAAUAUAUUGCUUUAGAAAAGUUAGAAUCUGUUUACAGAUCAAAUCCUUCAGUAUUGAAUUUAUGUGUUUAUGCUGAUCAAACAAAAGUUAAACCAGUUGCUAUUAUUUUACCAAAUGAAGCUCAUUUAAAACAAUUAUUGAAAGAUACCAAUACUUAUUCAGAUAACGAUUUGAAAUCAAAAGAAAUGGCUGAUUUAUGUAAUGAUUCAAAAGUUGUUAAACAAGUAUUGAAAUCUUUAUUAGCUACAGGUAAAAGUCAAGGAUUAAAAGGUAUUGAAUUAUUACAAAAUAUUGUUCUUUUAGAUGAAGAAUGGACUCCUCAAAAUGGUUUUGUCACUUCUGCUCAAAAAUUACAAAGAAGAAAGAUUUUAGCUAGUUGUAAAGAUAAAGUAGAAGCUGCUUAUAAAAAUUCUUAA